CGGCUCUCUUUGUCACGACACUGAUGAACACUCUGGCGGAUGCCUGUUUGCUGAAAAGGACGCCCUCCAAUCGGGCGAGCCAGUAGCACCUCCUCAUCCUAGUGUGCACCAUGGUACCUUCCAACAUCACCGUUCGGAAACUUGAAUCUCCCACUGAGGGCCACGUCGACGAGGCUGUUCAGAUAUUCUGCAAACUCAUGCCAGAAGAUCCUCUGUCAAUCGCACUUACGGGUGGAGAUGUUCGCCACCUUCCCUAUCUGAUUCGUGCGAUGGUCAGCGCUGUCGCGUUCAUGUGUGGCGAGAUAUAUGCCGCAUUCAAUGAGAACGGAGUUAUGGUCGGUUUCCAAGGUUGGGUUCCGCCUGGGGACGUUUUAUUCUCAACCGAAGAACAAAGGGCCUUGCUGGCAGACUUUAUGUCGCGGGUCUCAGAGAAGGCCAGAAGCUACGUUCCUGGCAUGAUGGCGGUUGAAUUUCCGAAAGUCAUCGAUGAGUUGUCUGGUAUAGAGAAUUCCGAGUUGAACAUGUUCUGGUGUAACUUCAAUUUUGUCGCCGCGGAGUAUCAGCAGCAGGGUAUCUCAACGGCCAUGUCACAGCUCGCAUAUCAGAAGGCUGAGCUCAACGGUUGGACCAUGGGAUUGGCUACCACGAAUGUCCACAAUAUUGCUAUAUACCACCACCUCGGAUUCGAGCUCCAGGGAUAUCGUGGCAUGCUCUCGCCGUUCAUCGACUGGCCGGUGUGGAUAUUCGUGAAGAGGUCCCAGAUCAAGGCUACGCAGUAAGCCCGUAGUCAGAUACACACGCAGUGGUUCCCAAGUACGAGGCUUGUCAUUUCGAGGUGAUUUCAGAUGUCGCAGAGUGUACCGCAAUCAAAUUCAACUAUGUUCAUGGUG